AUGGUCCUUCAGGAUCUCGGCCGGCGUAUCAACGCCGCCGUCAAUGACCUGACUAGGUCCAACAAUCUAGACGAGAAGGCUUUUGAUGACAUGAUAAAAGAGAUUUGUGCGGCCCUUUUAUCGGCUGACGUAAACGUCCGUCUCGUCCAGUCACUUCGGAAAUCCAUCAAAUCCAGCGUGAACUUUGCCUCUUUGCCAUCCGCCGUCAACAAGAAGAGGUUAAUUCAGAAAACUGUUUUCGAUGAGUUGGUCGCUCUGGUAAAUCCACAUGCAGAGUCGUUUCGCCCUAAGAAAGGCCGAUCCAACGUGAUUAUGUUUGUUGGUCUUCAGGGUGCCGGUAAGACGACUACUUGUACGAAGCUGGCCAGACAUUAUCAGAUGAGGGGUUUCAAAACGGCACUUGUUUGCGCGGAUACUUUCCGUGCCGGUGCUUUUGACCAGCUGAAGCAGAAUGCGACAAAGGCCAAGAUCCCUUACUAUGGAAGUCUGACACAGACCGACCCCGCUGUGGUGGCGGCCGAGGGUGUCGCUAAAUUCAAGAAGGAGCGUUUCGAGAUUAUCAUCGUCGAUACUAGUGGCCGUCACAAGCAGGAAGAGGAGCUUUUCACGGAAAUGACUCAGAUUCAGACCGCUGUCACCCCGGAUCAGACUAUCUUGGUCCUUGACAGUACGAUCGGUCAGGCAGCUGAAGCCCAGUCAGCGGCUUUUAAGGCGACGGCUGACUUCGGUGCCAUUAUUAUUACGAAGACAGACGGUCACGCAGCUGGAGGUGGUGCUAUUUCCGCUGUGGCGGCCACGCAUACUCCCAUUAUCUUCCUUGGUACGGGUGAACAUAUGAUGGACCUCGAACGCUUCGAACCGAAAGCUUUUGUUCAGAAGCUACUGGGAAUGGGUGACAUGGCAGGAUUAGUCGAGCACGUUCAGGCCGUGACCAAGGACUCAGCAGCUGCCAAGGAGACUUACAAACAUAUCUCGGAAGGUAUCUAUACGGUGCGCGAUUUCCGAGAGAAUAUUUCUUCCAUUAUGAAAAUGGGUCCUCUGUCCAAACUUUCUGGCAUGAUCCCUGGCUUGUCAAAUCUCACUGCAGGCCUAGAUGACGAAGAUGGCUCACUCAAACUCCGCCGCAUGAUUUACAUCUUUGACAGUAUGACCACGGCAGAGCUUGACAGCGACGGCAAAAUCUUUGUGGAGCAACCCAGCCGUAUGGUCCGUAUUGCCUGUGGUAGCGGCACGACCGUGCGCGAGGUCGAAGACCUUCUAUCGCAGCACCGCAUGAUGGCUGGUAUGGCCAAGCGCGUCGGUGGGCAGAAGAAGCAGAUGCAACGAGCCCAAAACAUGCUCAAGGGUGGCAACAAAGAGCAACAGCUUGCAGCGAUGCAGAAACGAAUGGCUUCCAUGGGCGGUGCCGGUGGCGCAGGUUUCCCUGGAAUGCCUGGUAUGGGCGAUAUGGCUAAGAUGAUGCAGAUGUUCCAAGGACAGGGCGGUGGCAGCGGUUUGCCCGGCCUUGGAGGGAUGGAUUUACAGGGUAUGAUGAGCCAGAUGAGUGGAUUGAUGGGCGGAGGACGUGGUAGAGGACGGUGA